AUGAUUGAGGAGAACAACCAAAACCUAGAAAAUUUACGAAAUACUGUUCAAGAACUCCAAGAAAAAAUAACGGCAUUAGAAACGAAAGAACGAGAACUUCAAACUGAAUUAAGCAAUACCACAAUCAACUUAGAAAGAGCAACUUCAGAUUUAGAAACAAAAAAAGACGAAAUUACUAAUUUAGAAAAUUUCC